GCAUAGUGGUCAGUACAUCUGCAUCGCAGUUCUGAGUUUUAGGGUUCAAAUCUUGGCUCUGGCCUUCCUGUGCUGAUCCCUCAGGCAUAAUUUGCCCACCCCUGAUUUGCAACAACAGGAGCCGAGGAGGCUGCGACAUCACCACUACCACAACCACGAGCGUCAAGCUGAGCAUUAGUGAGCCCAAGUGAGGGACCAUGAAAGACAGCUAUGGAGGAUAUGAGAACCAGCUUUUCAAAGAGGAGGAGUUCAAUGGCGAGGAGGAGGAAAUACCUCCUUUUAGAGGUCGCACUCGAGGAGGUUGUGUGAGGUGCCAGCUGAGCCAUUCCCUCCAACUGGCUGUCAAAGUCCUAUACGCAUUAGUUGCAUUCCUGAUCAUCACAGUCGUAGUGCUGGCCUCGCUAGUGUUUAGGAAGGUUGACUAUUUAUCUGAGGAAGAGUCAGUCUAUGACAAGAAAAUCACCAGGGCACAGAAAGUCAUAGACGAAAUCAGUAACUGCUCCAACUGUCUGGACGUGACCCUGUACAGUGAGGAGAUAAAUCGACUCAAGCAGGAGUUCGAGGACAUCCAGAAAAUGUUACUGGGACAAGAGCAGGUCCUGGACCAAGCCUCUCAGACACAGACCAAGCUAACAGGCACUAGCAAACAGCUGAGCACAGAUAUGCAGAACCACGUCAUGUCAAUCAAAUUUCUCAACCAGUUGCUGGUGGGAUACCAAGACCAGGUGGAGGGUUGGAAGGACGUGAUAGAGGAAACGGAAGAGAGAAUGAAAACUUUGACAGAGGAUCAGUAUGACGUUAAAGCUACUGCCCAGCAAAUCAACACAACAGUGGCACUUAGCACCAUGUGGAUUGAUGCCCUGCAGAAAAAAUCAGAUGAGGAGACUCUGGUCCUCCAGAAGUUGACUAACGACUGGCAAAACUACAGUCAAGUUUUGGGCACGAUUAAAGCCAACGCGAGCAGCAACAGCCAAAUGUUACGGUCCCUCCAAAACAGCAUCAUCGCCGACCACCAGAGAAUCUCCAUUUCCUCGGAGAUGUACUAUGAUCUCAGUCUGCAGGUGAUGAACCUGCAGGUGCAACUCGACAAUGUCACAUCUUUCAUGGAUGAACAUGAGGAGAACAUGCAUGACUUGCACUACCAUUCCAAAUACUACGAAAACCGGACUGGGGAACGUUUCUCUGCCUUGGACGGUCGGCUGAACUCCAUCGAGAUGGAGAUAGACACGAUAUCAUCCAGCAUCAAUGCCACUGUCAGUCACGUCCAGAGCAUGUAUAAGUACAUCAACAUUGAGAGCUCCACCUGCCAGAGCCGCCUGAGCAGACAAAUGGAAGAUCUGCAGAACAUAAACAGCAGCGUCUUGUUACUUCUUAACUCAGCAGACACACUGAGGCAGCAGAACGUUUUGUUAAAUAUCCGUUUGGAUGUGGAUGUCAGGAACUUGUCCAUGGUGAUGGAGGAGAUGAAGUUGGUGGACACUCACCAUACACAACUGAUCAAGAACUUCACUAUAUUAAGAGGUGCUCCAGGACCCCCCGGCCCCAAAGGUAACCGUGGAGAGACUGGGUUAAAAGGACCUCUUGGACUGACCGGAGGCAAAGGUGAUAGAGGCCCAAUAGGUAGCCGUGGAUUGCAAGGAGAAAAGGGCUCUUCUGGGCCCAAAGGUGCGCCUGGUCAAUCCGGCCCUAGUGGCAAUAAAGGACCGAUAGGUAACGCAGGGCCCAAAGGAGGCCCUGGUCAACCAGGACCACGUAGUGAGAAGGGCCAGAAAGGUGAUAUGGGUCCAAUUGGUAAAACUGGGGUUCCAGGACCAAGAGGUCCAUCAGGGAUCCAGGGUCAGUCAGGACUACCAGGCAUAAUUGGACCACUAGGACCCAGAGGGAAACCAGGACCAACUGGGCCCCCUGGACCACCAGGAACCCCUGGACCUCCAGGAGCACAAUAUUUCUAUAAAGCAUCCAGCACACAGCAGAGACGCGAACCUGCUGCUGGAGCCAAAAGACAGUAACGGGCUGGAAUUGGACGUGGACUCAAGUGAGUUAAAUGAAGCACAAAGAAACAAUUGAAGAAGAGUUUUUAAGAAAAAAAAAAAAAAAAGACCUACAGUAAUUAAAACCGGA